CUCUCGUCUUGCGUCUGGCCCUGCUGCACAGUGGCUCUCUCCUCUCUGGUUCUCUCUGCACAGUGAUCGAAAAAAAGCAAGAGAGAGAGAAAGAAAGAGGAACUGUUCUACCACGAGGUGUGAGAUUGAAAGUGAAGAGCGCUCCAUUUCACGCUUUGUAAUGGAGAACUGAGACCUACUGCCUGUAUUUUCAUGGAUAAUCUCUCCCAUUCUCGCCUCCCCAACAGGGGUUCUACCUCCGUUUCUAAGAAAAUUUGCAAUGGCAGUAAUGGUGGUGGACCUUUUGUAGCUCAGACUAUCUACGACGACGUCUAUGGCGGUCCUCCCAAGUUUGGAGUCUCUGCUUUGUCUCCUCGUUUUGAAGACUAUGGUGAGAUUUUUGGGAGCUUCCAUGCCCUCCGUACUUCCUCCAUUCCGAUUCUUGAUCUUCCGGCUGUCGAUGAAUCUGAGGUUUUCUUCGACGCUCGGAGCUCGGCAUUUGACUAUGGGGAGGUUUUUGGAGGGUUCGAUGGUUUGAAUUUUGCGAUUUCUUAUGAGGAACUGGUUGGCCCUUCCCAAGGCGUUGAUGAUGGCUCUUCCGACGAAGCUUGGACUCCAGCAGGAACUGAUUCUUUGUCAGACUGUUCAGAUCAUUCUGGAAAUUCUCAUUGUAUGUCAAAUGAAGACUCUAAUCAGUCAUUUGGUGAAAGCACUGAAUUUUCCAUAUCGUAUAACAAGGUUAACCGAGAAGGCAAUGGAAAUGUAUCAGAUGAGAAGAUACACGUAACCCAGUUGGAGAUGCUACCUGGAUUCUCAUAUCUGGUUGAUGAAGCACAUCCCUCACCAAAGGGAACAUAUGACGAUCUAUCCCUGAAGACCAAUGACGAUAGCUAUCUCAAUAUAGAUUUUGAUACAGGAAAGGUUAAGGGCAAACAUCCAAAGAACACUAUGCCACCCCCAGUGGACAGUAAUGGCUCUGGAAAUGUAUUCGAGGAUAGCCUUAUUUGUCAAAAUGAAUUUGGUAGAGAGGUUUUUCAUUCUCAUGAAGAUUUCAUAACCGUAUCUGAAAUAAGCCUUAGAACUGAACCUUCUCAAGUUCCACCACCUACUAGGCCGCCUCCCAAGUAUGCUGCCAAAAUGGGGGACUACACUAAAAUGGCUUUAAAUUGUGGGGAUGCUUCUGAAAUAAUUUCGGAUGAUCAUUUUAAUCCUUUAUUUGAUGUGGAGGUCGACGCUAGUUCAUCUGCAGCAGCCUCUGCUGCAGCUAUGAAAGAAGCAAUGGAAAAAGCUCAAGCACGUUUGCAAAGUGCAAAAGAUUUGUGGGAGAGGAAGAAAGAAGGAGUCCAUGGACGGAUGAGACUGGAUGCAAAAUAUGAUAUGAGAGAAAAGGAAGGAAAUUUGACCAAGAUUCCAAAUCGAUUUAAGAGUUUGACGGAUGAAAGGGUGCAGGAUAUUGGUGAAAUUCAUGACCAUAAAAUGAAUUUGCCUGCUGGAGAGAAGAGGAAAAAGGAUGUGAAGGCAGCUGAGGUUUGUUCAACACCAUUUGGAGGAGAGGAACUAUUAACAGUUGAUGAAAAGACCGUACCAGUUAGAAAUGGGAGUAGAUUUCUUGUGUCUGAUAAUCAUGAUUGCUGCAGUGAAUGGAAAGACGCCACAGAGUUUUUUGAAUUGGCAAGAGCAGAUAUAUCUGGAAAGGAAUUUGAGUUGUUGGACAAUGAUGAGAUUUCCAACUUUGUGACUGAACCAAUAGUAGCAGAGACCAUCAUUGAAGCAUGGGAGAACGAUAAAGAUCAAGACAAGGAUGGGAAACCAUUCCAUACGGCUCAUGCUCUGAAUGAAAACGUGAAAAAGUUGGAGAAUAUGGUCCAUGGAAAGGUGGAAGAUAAGAUAAAACUAAAACCAAAUAAAGACGAGACUAGGCAAAAAGAGCAGGUGAAACUUCAUCAAGGUGUUUGUGAUCUUGAAGCAAAUGAUAGGAUGUUUGGAGUUGCACAAGACUUUAUGGAAGAAAAAAAGCGUAUGUCCAAUGCUAGUGAACUAGAGAAACAUGAAAACCGUUUUGAGUUUAAACAACUGGACAGUGAGCUAAAAGUUGAUCAACCUGUUUCACCAAUUGAUAUCGAACAAGAAAAGAAGAAGGUUGUUAAAGGAAAGGAAAAUGGAAAUAUUCUCAAGGAAUCUCAUAGAAAAGAAAACAAUGCAAAUAAAAUGGAAGAAGCCCUUGAGAAUGAGAAAAGAGAAGAGCUGUUCUCGGAGGCUUCUGUAAGGGAAAAGCUUGAGAAAAAAAAGAUGAUGUUCCUCGAGCAAGAAGAAAAUAAGAAAAGACUCAAUUUGGUUCUUGCGGAUGAGAACUUUAGGGGACAGAUGGCUCGUGAAAGAGAACUGGAUGGUGUCCAUGGGAAGGAAGAUCAUGGGAAAAGGGUAAAAGAGGCUGCCAAAGUUGUAAGUGAGAGAUCAAAAUUAGCUCAUGAGAGAGAAGAUGACGACAAGUGGUCAAAAAAUAUUCAGUAUAGAGAAGAAUGUGAAAUAGGAGUUGAGGAUUCAUUUCAGCGUUUGAACAUUGAACGCAGGCCAGGUGAUGUGGGUAAGUGUAAAGUGCCUCAGAUGUUGGUUGAAGAUUCACAAUAUAGUGCAGAUCUCAAGGGUGCGAGUAUGGAGCAUGAUGAAUUAGAGAAAUUGAGUGACAGACACGAAGUAAACUCAACAAUAGGAUCUCAAGCAUAUGUGGAAGUGAAAGAUUUGGGGAUAUCUGCUGCGGCAUUUCAAAUGCAUGACGACCAAAACCACUUACCCACGGUACUAGCUUGUUCAAUGGGGGUGCCUGAAGAAUUCUCUGUUGUAGAUGAAAGUGGAGAGAGGACUACCGUCACAGGUAAUAAAACUUCAUCAGAAAGUGAUGGAAUUGAUAAUCUGCAAUUUUCCAAAAAUUCUUCUGCAUUGGGUGCGAGGCAGGCAGAGAUAGAACAUCAUAAAGUUUCAGUGGAAAUGGAAGAUGCUGAUAUUCAACUUUCUUUCAAUGAAUGGACCAAAAAAGUAGGCAAAGAAACAUGCUUUCAACCCAAACCUGGUGAUACACAAGCAGAAGCAACUAAUUCGGAAGAUGCAUUUUCAUCUGAAAACUCAACAUGUGUGGAUGAGCGAGAGCAUGAAAUUGAAGAGAACGCACUUAAGAUGGAUGAUAUGAAAACAUCACCUCCUCUGGAUAGAAGUGGUGAGAGAGCAGACCAAUCUAACGUUGGCAUGGAAGAGUUUGUAGGGAGAAAGACAUUUGUCACCAGAAUGGAUUGUGAUCCUGAACAACCAGAAAGUAACUUGUUUUGUCGUAUGGAAGAUAAAGUGAAGUUCUCUAACGAGGCUGAAGAUGAGGGACAAACAGUGUCUGUUCAGGGAGUGAAUAUAAAGGCUGAGAAAGGAAGUGGAAUGGAGUCAACUCGGCCAACUAUUUCAGGAAGGACACAAAAGAGCGGGGAAUUUGCCUAUGAGGUCAAUGCAAAUCAGGCCACAGAAAGAAAGGAAAAGCUUGUGAACCAGAGCCAUAAAUCUAAAGGAAAAGAGAGUGAGAGAGUGAGGAGCGAAUCAGAAUUUGAGAAUGAUAGGCUUCGAAAAUUGGAAGAAGAGAGGGAAAGGGAAAGAGAGAGAGAAAAGGAUAGAAUGCAUAUUGAUAGAAUUGCUCUUGAACCACGUGAUAGAGUAGGUGCUGAAACUCGUGAAAGGGCAGAAAGGACUGCUCUGGAGAGGAUGACUGCUGAAGCUCGACAACGAGCAUUGACAGAGGCACGUGAAAGAUUGGAAAAGGCUUGUGCAGAGGCGAGGGAAAAUUCAUUGGCUGGAAAAGCAACUAUGGAGGCAAGGGUAAAGGCAGAGCGUGCAGCCGUAGAAAGAGCAACUGCAGAGGCCAGGGAGAGAGCUGCAGAGAAAGCCAUGUCUGAGAGGACUUCCUUUGGGGUGAGAGAGAGAAUGGAAAGAUCUGUUUCUGACAAAUUCUCUGCUUCUUCGAGAAAUAAUGAAAUGAGACAGAAGUCUUCAUCCUCUGGUCAGCCCAGCCUACAAUCUCAGAGCUUUGGCUCUUCCCUUGCUUCAAGAUAUGCCUACCACUCGGCUUAUGAUGAGAGGAAUGAGGGUGUUGAUGGUGAAUCGCCUCAAAGAUGUAAAGCCAGAUUAGAGAGGCAUCAAAGAACAGCAGAACGUGCAGCAAAGGCUCUGGCAGAAAAAAAUAUGCGUGAUCUUCUUGCACAAAGAGAGCAAGCUGAGAGAAAUCGAUUGGCUGAGACAUUGGAUGCUGACGUUAGGAGGUGGUCAAGUGGGAAGGAAGGAAACUUGCGUGCUUUGCUUUCUACACUUCAAUAUAUCCUUGGACCUGGUAGUGGUUGGCAGCCCAUUCCCUUAACGGAAGUUAUUACUGCAGCUGCUGUAAAGAAAGCGUACAGGAAAGCCACUCUGUGUGUUCAUCCAGACAAAUUGCAACAACGGGGUGCAAGUAUUCAGCAAAAGUAUAUAUGUGAGAAGGUCUUUGAUCUACUAAAGGAAGCUUGGAACAAAUUCAACUCGGAAGAGCGGUAACCUAAGCUCGUUGUCUAUGAAGAGAAAUUUAUAAAUCUACCACUUUUUGGCUACUACCUGUAUUACUUAGUAGUGCUGGUAAGUGUACACUCCAUGCUCAUCAAACCCUUUUGAAUUCCACUCCUAAAGUUGAAAUGGAAUCAUAGUGAAACCAAGUAGAAGUAAAUGAAAAAUAGAGCCACCAUGUUUGUGUACUGGAACCUUCUCUGCUGUGUAUGAAAAUGUUGAAAGAAACAGUCCUAUCAUUGAUUCAUUUUUUAAGUGAAAAUGUGCAAGUGAAGCACGUGCAAGGAAACCCCCAGCCGUCUUUGUUGAUCAUGUAAUUAACAGAAAGAAAAGUCAAAACUAUUGCAACUUCGUAGCAUUUAGCAAUCCAAUCUUGACCAAAUGGAGCCCAUAAAUCUACAACCUACCUUCCACAAAUCUCUCACAACCAACCAACCAACCAACCAACCAACCCUCUUGGCCUUCCAUUCUGCACAAUUGAGCAAGCUGCACACCCUUCCUGUUCUCUUGCUUAAGCUUUCAUUUUCUGUUACUUUUGGUAGCCAUGUUGAGAGCUUUGAGUACCAGGAGAUGUCCUCACAGGUACGAGUAUCUCAUGGAGGAUCCCACCAUUAGCCUGAUGGAAGGGCGGCUGAAGAGGACAACCAGUGUACCAACCAUAGUACUCGGUUCAGGGUCGAGAAAUCCGACGUCUGCCGAGCCUGCACAAGCAAAACUGAAGCAGUCGAAGAAAGCUAGCAAAGGACAUGCUCUUUUUAAUUUCUUUGAUUUUGGUCGGAAGAGGAAGUCAACUGCCAAGCCUGAAUUUGCAAGGUAUCUGGAGUAUGUGAAGGAGGGAGGCCUGUGGGAUUUGAAAGCAAAUGCUCCUGUAAUCUACUAUAAAUGAUUCAAUUCAUAUUUGUUCUUCUUCUUCUGCUACUCUAUUUACCUUUACCCCCUAUAUGCAUUAUAACAUUCAGUUCAAAAUUAUUUUA